AUGUCUCGUCACUGUAUAUUUGCGAAUCAGUCUCGAACUUUGGAGUCUAGUGUCAAUUACGAUUGAAAAAUGAUUUCGCUACUUUUACCGCGAUAAGACGAAACGCCGGGGACCGAUAAUGUAGCCGUUGACUAACCCAUCAAUUGACUCAAUUCACUGUCAGUGAUACAACUUAUUCAGUUUGCGUUUAAUUCAGUGAGCGUGUAGACGUCUAUGGAUAAACGUCAAGUAUAUUAAAUGUAUACAAUAAAAUAUUGAAAUUUCAACAUGCGUUCGAUAAUAUUUGAAAUAUUGCAGUUUCAUUUUAUAUUUGGUGUUGUUUUAACAUUCGCUCUACCUUUCGAAGGAUUGUAUGAACUUGACAUUAUACAUUACAACGAUUUUCAUGCAAGAUUUGAGGAAACAUCAGUGGAAACUCCAACAUGUCGGUACAACAAUUACUCCUGCCUCGGUGGAUUUCCUCGUCUGUUUAAAAAGAUUGAAUCGUUGAAGAAGGAGAAACCAGAUUCCAUACUCUUAAAUGCUGGUGAUAGUUUUCAAGGGACUUAUUGGUAUACUCUUCUGAAGUGGAAUGUCACUCAGGAGUUUAUGAAUUUGCUGCCACACGAUGCCCAUGCGAUUGGCAACCACGAGUUUGAUGAUGGACCACAAGGCCUGGCUCCGUAUUUAAAAGCCUUGAAAGCACCCGUUAUAGCUGCUAACAUGGAUACUAGCAAGGAACCAGCUUUAAAAGGACUGUACAAACCAAGCAUAAUCAUUGAACGUAAGAAGAGAAAAAUCGGCAUCAUAGGUCUUAUAACAACAGACACUAAGAUCUUAUCUUCAGCGGGUAACGUGGAGUUCACUGAUCCACGUGAAGCUGUGAGACGGGAAGCUGAAGUGCUGAACGAUAAGGGAAUUGAUAUCAUAAUUGUUCUCUCGCACUGCGGCCUUGACGUGGAUAAAGAACUUGCCCGUGAUUACGGCGAACAUAUAGAUAUAAUAGUAGGCGGCCAUACCCACUCAUUGUUAUGGAACGGUCCAGCGCCGAGCGGAGAGGAAGUGGCCGGACCAUACCCUGUGUUCGUUGAAACGAACACCAACAAAAAACACAAGGUUUUGAUAGUUCAAGCUUCAGCUUUUACUAAGUAUAUGGGAAGUCUGACUGUUUCCUUCGAUUUUCGCGGUGACUACGUGAAAUGGAUCGGAGGUCCCAUAUUCCUGGAUCGAUCUCUACCUGAGGACGAUGACAUCAAAACUCGCCUAGCACCGUACGCGGAGAUGGUACACAAAGCGGAGCAAGAAGUCAUCGGAGAGAGUAAAACUACGUUAUAUUUCGAGAAGUGUGUCUUCGGGGAGUGCGCGCUUGGCGAUCUUUUGGUUGACUCGUUAACUGAAUUUGGAAAGACGCUACGAUCUAAUAUCCAUUACAUAUCGUUUAUUCAACGCGGUAAUAUCAAGUCUACCAUACCUAGUGGAAAAAUUACCAAAGGAGUAAUAUUCGAACUAUUACCGUUCAACGAUCGCAUACAAUCAUUCGAACUGCAAGGCAAGGACGUGAAGCUAGCUCUCGAACGAAGUGUUUCCGACGCGUGGGAAAUGUCACCAUUCAAGGGACCUUAUGUCUUGCAACUGUCAGGUUUGCAAGUUACGUACAAUGUUUCCAAACCGCAAGGACAAAGAGUGACGUCAGUGUCCGUUGGUUACGAAAAGUCAGACGUGCCGCUAGACCCUGAAGCUUUCUAUCACUUGAUCGUACCAGCUUAUUUAGCUGAUGGAGGGGAUGGAUUUACAAUGUUUAAAAAUGGAAAAAGGAAUGUUGAAGUAAUCGGUCGUGAUCAGAAAAUUAUAGAAAAUUAUAUCAAGAAACAUACACCGAUAAAUGUCACAAAAGAUAAUAGAAUCGUAAUUAAUAAUUAAAUUGUAGCCAUAAUUACAUUAAAAUGUUUAAUAUAUUAUUUAUUUGUUUCGGAAACAAAGAUAUAUUUCUAUAAUGUUAAUAAAAGUUUAUAUGUCUACAAGUCGAGAAUCAAUUUAGCCUAACUUAUUAUUAAUACAGAUAAAAAAUAUAAUUUAAUUAAAUACUUUUAUUUUUUAAUUGAUGAAAAAUACACGAAUUUGAGUGUUACAAACUUUUUAAAAUUAUUAUUCUAUUUAUUUUUUUAUGUUAAUUACGCUGAAGCUCUUUUUAAACGUACGAAAUAGAAGAAAAAGAAAAUCGGUUGACAAAUUUAGGAAAAAAGGGGUACAAUAGAGGUAUUCUGUAAGAAGAACUACGGAGCCGCACAACACGAUUGUCUAAUGUCAAAAUGUGAUAUGCGACAUUAAAUAUAAAAAACAUAAAACUUAUAGACAUUAUACCCAUGUAUCAAAAUGUUUGUUUUAAAAAAGUAAUUAAAAUAUAUAUAUAUAUAUAUAUAUAUAUAUAUAACGGCGAGCCGGCAAUAUUGUUUGGUUUGGGGAUAACGGCGAGAUUAUCCUUCUUGACAACUGCCAUUUUUAUGUUUUUCUAACGUGACAAAGAGUGAUUGACUUCACUGGCCAUCCAGAAUCAAAUCUCAAACUAUAUUUAAUUAUCUGACGCUGCGACAUAUAUAUAUAUAUUAUGUAGAUACUUACUUGCGUUAUAUAUUAAGACUAAUGAAAUAAGACGAGUCAAUUCAAUUAAUAACAAUUUUGAUAUAAAGUGUGAUCUCGGAAGUGUCUAUGUAAAGUUAUGAUUUAGUAUAAAGUUUUUAACAAAUUACAUUUAUAAACAAUAAAACCAUAU